AUGAAGAUUCAACUGAAUGAGCUCUGCAGCAGCACCACCUUUCUCUCUGCCUCCAUUACAAAACUAGCACAUUCACAGAGCUGGCCUUAUAAAGACUCCUGCACACCAGACCACACCUCUGCUCCUGAGUCCAUGGAGGCCAAGGCCAAGUCUGGGGCACCAGCGCCCAAGGCAGCUACUAAAGUAGAGAAGAAGGAGCCAGUCGCCCCACGCAAGGCUGACCCAGCCCCUGCAGCCCCCGAGCCCGAGAUUCCCCCUCCUGCCCAGGAUGGAGCGGCAGACGCUGAGUCGGCGGCGGCGGGAGCAGGUGACGAGGCUGCGGCCUCCGGCACAGACUCUCUGGAACACCUGAAACCUUUCCUGAUCGGUGGAGUCGUUAUUGCUGCAGGAGCCAUCUUGGUGGGAGUGUUGCUGCUGGCGAGGAGAAAUUAAAACCAAAUCUUUCAAUUUAAUUAGGGGUAUUUACUGAUUGAUAACUUAAAGAAUUAAUGCUGACUGGUUCACAGACUAUGGUGCAGAUGGGGGAUGGGAAGACACUGUGCAAUCUGUGCGUUUUCGUUUGUUUUUUGGCCUGCUCUCACUCGUAGUGAAUCAACCCAUUGAAGUUUUAAUCAAGCUGUGUAUGGAGCAUAUUUAUACUUAGUAUAUGCAUGAAGUUGCUAUAAUAUUGCAUAUGAAAUGUAUUUAUCUAUUUCCUAAGAAAAAAAAGAAGAAAAAGACUCACUGUAUCACUAAACUUGCGGGCCUAUACUCUCUACAGGUAGCUUUAUCUGCUUUGACUGCUUUAUCUUGUUUAAUCCCGUUAGCACAAAUAUUGAAAAAAGGUUGCAAUAUUUGUGCAUUAUCGAACCAGAAAUGAGCUUGGUUCAUUUUGCUUUGAGAUGAUGAAAAACUGCAUUCACUGUAAUCAUGAUGUUCUUUGGAUGUUGGAGUUCUAGGUUUUUAUUUAAAUUCAGAAUUAUACAAUUGAAAUAGUUGGUAAGAGAACAUUUGCAUUUAUGCACUGGGAUGUAUUGCACAUAUUUUGGCUAAAGAAAUGUCCACCCAGGUAAAGCAGGCAACCAAUUCAGACAUAUGAAGGUUAAGUGCAGGCACUCCACUGUGCAGCAUAAGAUGACAUCAGAUGGUUGGACAGAUUUGAUGAGGAUUUGGCUAUCUGUAUUUUGGCCAGUUUGAAAUGAAAAAUGGAACAUUAAGCUGCAUUUAACGCAUUAUUUACUAUCAUAUUUGACAUGUGGUGAUCUGACUUUUUAAACUAUGUGUAGAUCUGAUUUGGUUUCAUCAUAUAGCUAUGGACCAGUUUACUGGAGCUGUUUGCGGGCCGUCAUUAAUACAAGAGAAUAACUAUUUAUUCUAUUUCUAAUUAUAGGGUCUACCUUACCGAAUUGGGUCAUUAAAUGGGAGUACAUUUUAUAAGCUUAAUACAAAAUGGGAAUAGUCAGAACCUUUUAAUGUUAAAAGUUAAAUACAAUAGGAACAGUGAAAUCUAAAACUAAAUUUUAUGUGGUGGUGGAGAAAUAGUAAACAACUGAUUGUUGAACAUGUAUUACCUGCUCUUAAGGAGUAAAGCGUACUUGUGAACUUGUGCUUUGAUGUGGGAUAAGAAGGACUUAGUUUACUGUUAAAUAUCAGAAAUCAGAAACCUUUCCUGUCUAACCACAAUAGUUGCCAGCUCAGUCUGUUUACAUUUUACAGUGAAUGCUUAGCUGUACCAGGCUGUAUAGAGCCAUUAGUGUUCCAGUAUCAGGUUUAAAGCCUGCUGCCCUAAAAAAGGGAGAUGUCUCUGCGCCUCCUAUGUUUUCAUAAUAAGCAAACAAUGUAAGGAGAACAUCCUUUUAUAACACUAUGAAAGUGUGAAUGUACUGUUCCAUACUUAAUUUCAAGGUGGCAAACAAAAAAUCUGUUACAAUGGCAUUGCUGCACACACUCAUCUGUACAGCUGCACACCAUAUUCUCACUGUGCAUUGUAAAACCCAUCAAGUUGUCCAUGCUAGAAGAGUAGAUAUGGCAGAAUGACUUUUCUGAUACUCACAUCACUUGAGUUUUGCCAUGAGGGUAUGUAUAACUCUUACACAGUUCUUACUGAAAAUAUUGUUUGAACAUGCCACAUUCACUAGUCAAAACCCCUAACAUAUCCAAAUGAUAGUAUGCCAACACCAAAUCAAAUUUCACCUUACAUUGUACAAUACAGUGUACUAAAAAAAAGAAAAGAAAAUUCCUAUUUUCAUAAUUUCAACAGCGUAUAAAUGCAAUAAUUCAGGUAGGACUCCUCAUUUAGCAUAUGUGCUGUAGCAAGUUAAAUUACAUAGAUGAUGUAAUGAUGUAUGAUGUACUGAUGGCAAUGAUGGUGAUGUUACAUGAUGCCACCAAUAAUUAUCAUGGUGGCUGUAAUGAUAAUGAUGGAUAUGAUAUAUAUUUUUAUAUACUUUAACAUAUCUUCUUUUUGCACCCUCCCCUCUGCCUCCAAAUGUCUAAAUGUAAAAAAUUAGUUUAAAAUCCAACCUUAUUAAAGGUAGUGAACCAGUCCAUAUGAGUAUUUCUUGAUGUGAUA